GACGCAUAAUUUUUUGCUUUUUUUUCAUAGCGAAGCCAUCCAUGCUUAUCUUUAUACUAGAGAAUCACUAUUACGUUCUUAAGGAAAAUUAUUCAUCAAUUCUACAGCGUUCGGUUUUUCUUGGCAAAGCUGAUGAUGAUAUUAUCCACGUGUACCUUACUUUCCGAUUGCGAGAAAAAAUUUGUAAUCGCCUGUCAUCGCAAUUUAGUUUAUUAUUUCAUGACUGUCGCCGUACUGCAAGAUACAUAAUUGCAAUUGAUCGAGGCUCACGCUACCUCGUAUUUUUUGUACGGGGUAGUUCCGCUCUUUGCGAAAUUGCUAACUACGCGCGAGGGAGUGGGGGAUACGCAAGAGUUUAAAGACCUCUUCCUCGUGUUUUCCUCGCGGUGACGUUCCUCCCCGAUCCACUUCAUUUGAACAAGACGACGCGAACGGUUCGGCCAAGUGACGUUUCAAUGUGAGUUUACCAGCCGCUAUGAUAACAAGUACCAUAAGUCCCUUUCUAAAGAUCGGCCUCGGUCUGAUCGGAUUGUGGCCCGAUUCUUCGUACAGAAGGUUCUUCUGGUUCUUUUACAUGGCCACUCUUGUCGCCAUGCAAUACUUUCAGUAUUCAUGCUUCUUCGCGCGUUUGGCCACAAACGAUAUCUCCAAGUUGAUGGAUGGCUUGAACAUCACUUUGGAGUAUUCCCUAACAUUUCUAAAGCUGUUAAGCUUCUGGUACAAUCGUCGAAUAUUUGCAGAUAUUUUGACUGCGAUGAACGAUGACUGGAACGAUUGCUCCACGUAUUCGCAUUCGUACGUGAUGACGAGCAAGGCCAGUCUGGCGCAUCGUUGCUCCAACGUUAUGAUAUUCCUUAACGGUUUGGCCACUGUUUUCUACGUCAUUGGUAGCUUCGUGAGUCACCGCACGGUUUCCACGGGUGGUGAGAACAAUCUCCGGGAGUUUCCGAUGCAGGUACAGUUUCCAUUCGAUGCAGCCACCGACUCGCCGAUCUUCGAGAUCAUUGUACUGGGAUUGUUCCUUCAUGUUUGGGAAACGGCAACCAUAAUCGCGAUGCUGAAUUCCUUGAUGUUGACAUUGGUACUUCACGUAAGCGGCCAGAUCGAUAUCAUGUGCCAAGGACUGAGAGAAAUUACCACUACGGAAAAAUCUCGUUCGCCAGCCAUAAGACUGCUCGUCGAAAGGCAUCAGAGGAUUAUAUCUUUAUCGAACAAUAUUGAAAAUUUUUUCUCGUUCGUUGCGCUGAUACAAGUUAUAUGGAACACUGUAGUUAUGUGUUCCAUAGGAAUCAUGAUCGUGAUAUCUCUAGGCAUGGACGUGGAGGGUAAAUCCGGAUUAUUAAUACAAUCCAUCUUGCCGUACGUCGCUGUUACGUUGGAAGCCUUUGUUUUCUGUUUUGCUGGUGAAUACCUGAGUACUAAGAGCAAAUCUAUCAGCGAUGCUGCAUACGAGACACUUUGGUACGAGUUGUCCACCAGCGAGUGUCGAAUCUUAUUAUUGGUAAUCGUCAGAUCUCAAAAACGACUGACGAUCACGGCUGGAAAAGUUAUGGAUCUGACUUUAGAAGGUUUUACAGCUGUUAUGAAAGCUUCGGCGUCAUACAUGUCAGUAUUGCACGCAAUGUAUUGAAACUCAAAUCAACUUAUCCCAAGUAAUUAACCUCACUUGUUGAUUAACCAUGUGUAAAAGUACUCAUUAAACUAUAAAAACUAAUAAAAUAUUAGACGAAUAAACUUAUUUUGUUAUACCCGCUGGAAAAUGCAAAACGAAAAAUGGACGUUACGAUUUAACAAAAUCUUUGUAUCAGGUUUUAUGCAACAAUACAGAAAUAGAUUAUAUGG